UAAGUUCCCCUUCCGCUUCCUCCUGCCUCCUGCCCUGGCCCCUGCUGCUCGCUCUACUGGUGCCUCCCAGGACCUACACAGCCUCCUGCCCUUAGAGCCUCAGUAGUCGGUCCGACGCGAUGCAGGCCAUCAAGUGUGUGGUGGUGGGAGAUGGAGCCGUGGGCAAGACCUGUCUGCUUAUCAGCUAUACCACCAAUGCCUUCCCUGGAGAGUACAUCCCCACUGUGUUUGACAACUACUCAGCCAACGUGAUGGUGGACAGCAAGCCAGUGAACCUGGGCCUGUGGGACACAGCUGGGCAGGAGGACUAUGACCGCCUGCGGCCACUGUCCUACCCACAGACGGAUGUCUUCCUCAUCUGCUUCUCCCUCGUCAGUCCAGCCUCCUAUGAGAACGUCCGAGCCAAGUGGUUCCCUGAGGUGCGGCACCACUGCCCCAGCACACCCAUCAUCCUGGUGGGCACCAAGCUGGACCUGCGUGAUGACAAGGACACCAUUGAGAAGCUAAAGGAGAAGAAGCUGGCACCCAUCACUUACCCGCAGGGCCUGGCGCUGGCCAAGGAGAUUGACUCAGUGAAAUACCUGGAGUGCUCUGCCCUCACCCAGCGUGGCCUGAAGACUGUCUUUGAUGAGGCCAUCCGGGCUGUCCUGUGCCCACAGCCCGCACGGCCGCAGAAGCGCCCCUGCAGCAUCCUCUAGGAGAAGCACCCCAUCCUGCCAACCAGAUGGUUCAGACCUUCCAGGGCCCCCACCCAAAGCCCAUUGGUACCCCGGCUAGCCACGCUGUCCCCUCCCCACGGUGUUUCUUAGCAGAUGGCUACAGACCUUGGUUGCUCAACUUCACUGUGCUGGAGGCCGUGGAUUUGCAGGCACUGUGUCCCAUUCCCCCACGCUCUUGCCUGUCUGGGGGUGAGGCAAACCACGGAGCCCAGUAAGCCCCCUUCAUGGUACUGAAGUCAGUGCCAGCCUAUAUCUGGCAGCAUCUUCCCUGGCUGCUCCAGCUCCACCUGACUCUGGAAUGCCUUCUAGAAACUAGACCAGACAGUGGUUGCUGGCCUCUCUCAUCCACCUCAAGGAGGAGUCCCCAACUCCCUCCUGUGACUGUCUACUCCAACACUGGUGGCUCUGCUUGUCUGAAAGUUCUCUGGCUGAAAGUUGAGCACCUCAGGCAUUGGCUUCUUUGGGGGACAACAGAAAACAAAUAAUCUUCUGCCGACCUCUGUGAACAUACUCCCAGGUAAUGAAAACUGGGUGUCUCUGAUUUCUGCCAGGUCUCGUGUCUUCUGUCCUCUGAGCUACAUUCACCUAUGAGAGUCUUACAACUUUCAGACCCUGCCAGUCAGGACUUCUGCUAUUCCAAAUAGAAAACCCAAACAACCUGCUUAAGCAGAAAAUAAAAGUAUUGUUUCAGGUUUGGAAACAUCA